UAAAAGUUCUGUUUGUGUCAGUUUCAGAUUUCCAACAUCUAUCCAUCUCUCGUUCUCUUGUUUUAUUUUGCAACCUUGGAGAGGCUUCAUAUGAAAAUGGUAUAAUGCUACGUCAAGCGACAAAUAACCUUCCUUCAGUUGGACAGACACGAGCUGAUGGAAUUUCCCCUUUUUGAAGAAAUCCAUGUUGACAGGAUGUUGAUGGGGAUUACUCAAUGCCACAGCUGUUCAAAGAGAAAUAGAGAGAGGUGCAGAGUUUCCGUUUGGGGAGCUCCUGGAACCAUGAUUACAAUCUGAACGUAGAAGGUAGAAUUGAGCAAGCUUUUUUCACUCUGGAAGAGGUUAGGAACUGGAACGUUCUCCUUUUAAUUAAGUAUAAUAUCCACUUGUGGCUUUCAAAAGUUAAAUGGCCAAGUUGCCGAAGAGAAUAAUAAUACGGAAGAUUCGACAAUUGGCGUUGGGAAUGGACAAACUGAUUUCCUGUGAGAGACAACUGAAACAUCUUGCUGAAGGAGUAUCAUUUGUACUUUAAUUGUUCUACAGUCCCAUAACGGAGUUCAUCAUUUCCACUUCCUUCAAAUUAUUUGCCCUGUUGUUUGUUCCACCUGGUUCAUUAAUGCCCUUCAGCAAAGUAAAUCUAUUGCCCUUACCUGUUCUAACAGACAGAAGGCCGCAAGAUGCAAGAGCUGAAUGGGGCCAUUCAACCCAUCACUUCUGCUCCGCCAUUUUCUCAUGGCUGAAAUGUUUCUCAACUCCAUUUUCCUGUCUUCUCCCUGUACUAUUUGAUCCCCUCACCAAUCAAGAAACUCUCUCUCUCUCUUUUAAAGACACUCAAUAUCUUGACCUCCACGGCUCUCUGCAACAAAAUCAUUCCACACUGUCACGCUCACCAGCCAAAUAAAUUCCUGCUUAUCUCCAUUCUACAAGGUUUACCCUUUGAACAGAAAGUGUUGGAGAAAAUCAGCAGAUCUCCCAACAUCUGUGCAAAGAGAUGGUCACUGUGUGCCAUGCUGCUUGUCAGCCCAAGCCUGGAUAUUGUCAAGAUUUCUUUGCAUUUGAACAGUAUCUAAGCAGUGGUGAAUAGUGCUGAACAUUGUGCGAUCAUCGGCAACCAACCCAAUUCUGACCUUAUGCUGGAAGGAAGGGCUAAGGAUGCAUUGAAGUGAACUGAAUGCAUUGAUCAAACCUGCAUCAUGAAUGUUCUAUCCGGUGAUCUGAUCAUUGAAUUGAAAGUUAGAAAGUCAAGCAUGAAAGGAAACCAACCCACCGAUCUCUUUGUUCAAAGUAUUGGGUGGGAAAUUCAUCAGAAAAUGUUUGUUUUUUCAAUCCUUCUGUCAAUUGUUCAUUUUCACGUGCUGAUCGAAAUGCAUGAGAUAUAUGGUAUCCCGAAGCCAGUCGUGUCUCUGAAUCCAUCAUAUGAGGUGUUUUUGGAAGGAGAGACGACAUUGGUGAAGUGUAGCUGUCAAUGUCCAGUCACAAGGACACACUGUUGCUACAGUCACGAUCUCGAGUGCAGUGAAAUAAAUCUUCCUGAAGGACAAUGUGAUACAUCUUUACAAUUAAAAUUCCUAACGAGAGGUGAAUCAACUUUCAAGUGUGAAUGUUUAUUCGCAUUGGCGAAUGGAACAUGGAGAAGAUCAGGAUUCACUGACCCCAUUCAGAUAAACGUCAGUGAUCAACUCUCCAAACCAAUCAUUAAAGUGCUGCAAGAUUCCAGAGAUAAUUCAAAUAGGGGCAAUGUCGUGAUUUCCUGUAAAGGUGAGAUUCGGCGCAGUGGAGGGACAUUCUACUUGUACAACAAUUGGGGGGAAGGUUCCAGACAGUAUCGCCUUGAAGUGACUAGUCUUGAAGAUACUGCGGACUUUACCAUCAAUGCAUUUGAACAUACUUCUGCAGGAAAUUACAGUUGUCAAUAUGAAACAGUGGUUAAUGGAGCUGCCAUCUUUUCCCGGUCCAGUCAGUCAGUUUCAGUCACAGAGAAACGAAAGAUGGAUCGCCCAUCAAAAGGCACCAAGCCAGAAUUAUAUCUGUACAUCGGACUGGGAUGUGCUGCCGUGAUCAUUAUUUUAUUUGUGGUGCCGUGCCUUAUACUUAUCAAGAAAGGUCGAAAUAAACAUCGAAAUGUUCAGAGGACUUCAACCUCAACAGUUCAAAAUAGACACAGUAAAAACCAUGAUGGCAUUUGUGGCAACGCCAAUUUGAUCUAUUACAACCCCACGGGCGAGUAUUCCGAUGUGAAUGACAAGAAAUGUGAAGGAGUUACUUAUGCAGUCUUGAACAUGGAUCGUAUAAAUAAAAAUGAAUCAGCCUCAGUCGUCAGGGAGGAGCCCUGCGUUUACAUGGACGUGAAAACAUAACAACCUUUGUACUCUCGCUUCCACGGUUGCCGUCUACUUCUGUCAUGUUGCUUCCUGAAACUCAUCCUGUGAAUGAAUUCAACCCACAUCCCACUUCCCAUCCAUUGAUACAGCAGUUAUCCACCCCUGGUUUCCUGAAUCCUCAAAGUCACUUUAGAGCAUUGCCAGAAGUUGAAAUACAGCAAGAUUUCCCCCGGAGGCCUCAUUCUGCACUCAAAAGAUAGGUCUGGCUGGAGUAUGAGAGAGAGUGAGGUCCGCAAGAUUUUCAUUUCUGGUUCAAGGGAUGUUUGGAAACGUUUCCAUCUCAAUUAUAAAAGUAUAUGCCAAUGACGUCCAGUGCUGCAAAGAUUUAUGUACACCGAGAAUUAGGGGACUACGACGUAUGACAAAUCUAUUACCCAACUCCGUAGAGCUACCUUUGUUCCCUAACUCUUUAAUACCUCUGUUUAACAAAAAAGUAUCACUCUAUGAUUUAAAUAAAAUAAAUCAACCAGCAUUAAAAAUGAUUGUGGAAGGCGGUUCUAUAAUUCGCCCACACAAAGUGUGAUGUGUAUUUUCGAUAGACUGUUAAUCCUGACACCAAGGUAAUGAUCUGGAAACUGGAUUUAAAUCCUGCCAUGGCAGAGGGUCGAAAAUGAAUUCAGUGAUAACCUGGAAUUAAGAGUAUAAUGAUGAAAAUGCAACUAAUGCUGACUGCCAGGAAAAAAAGUAGACCUGUUUCACUAAUAUCCUCCAGGGAAAGACAUCUAUUGUCCUUACUUGCAUAGCCUAUACAUGACUCCAGAUGAACAUUGAUCGUGAACUGCCCUCUGGGUAAUAAAUGCUGCCCCAGCCAGCAGUAUCGACAUCCCACAAACAGUUUUUUUAAGAAAUGCUUCCCACCAUCUCGGCUGAACAAUCUGUCCCUAUUUUUUAGGCUUUGCCUCCUUGUGUGAGAAUCUGUGGAAUUCACGAGGAUGCAAUUAGCGACAGACAAAUUGAAUGGACUUCUUUUUUCUAAUUGAAUCCCUACAGUGUGGAAACAGGCCCUGCAGCCCAAAACGUCCACAUCGGUCCUCUGAAGAGGAAGCCACCCAUACCCAUUCGCCCUACUGUAUAUUUACACCUGACUAAUGCAAUUAGCCUAUACAGAGGAAUCUCGAUUAACUGAAUACCAAUUAUCCG